AUGGUUGCAACCGAUCCGAAGACCUCAGGGCCAUUUAUUCCCCUCGCCAGCCUGGCCCAAGAUGGGUGGUCCAACGAUGACGAAGCAACCGCCACGUGCCUCUGCGGUGCUGUGCAGUUCGCCUUUUCAACCAAGGAGAAGCAUAUUCAAAACCGAUUUGUUUGCCACUGCACCGACUGUCGCAAAUUGAGCUCCUCCAUGUUCUGCUCGGCAUUUUCUGUGCCUGGAGAGGUUGUGCGGUUCCUGCGCGGCAAGGAGAAUCUCAAGGUUUUUCAACACCAUCAAACCACUGCGUCAGGCAAGACGAUGUCGAAUUACUUUUGUGCUACCUGCGGCAACUUGAUGUAUCGGAUGAGCGCCAUACAGGAGGGAUUCUACAUAAUCAGGCUUGGCGCGGUCGACGAUUUUCGUCUGGCGGAAACAAAACUGCGGCCCAACAUGGAGGUUUACAUUGGCACCAAGGUGGACUGGGUGCCGCAGCUUGAGAACAUGGCACAGAUUGAAGAUGUGAUGGCUUUGGCGAAUGCUUAG